GUCCAGGGCCAGAGCCAGCAUCAGAGCCACCUCUCUCUUGGAGCUCGCAGCGCCGCAAAGCCCAGCCGGAAGAACAGACGAUCCCGCAACCUCUCAAGUACCUUCGGAAGCCAGGGGGAGCUGCCCGGUAUGACAUGGCACCACGAGGAGCCCAACGAAAAGCCCGACGUUGAGAUUGAGUUGCCUGCUCGUUUCCAACGCCAUGAGUGGGAGCUAUAUAAUCCCGAUGAAGACAGCAAUUUGGCGACACCAACCUCCGAGCCCGUCUAUGGUUGCUCUGAUGCGGAGGACCCCCCUGACGGAAACGCGCACGACAAGAAAGCUCCUCUUCCACGAUCCCUUCGAAUCCUAAGCAGCCACAACCCUGGAGCCCCGGGCUCUAGCACCGAUGACGUCUCCUCUGCUGCUCCGACACGCAAGCGUACUCGCAGUGAAGCCGCCGCCGAAGGCACCUCAUCUGAUAAACGAGCCAAGACGAACAACGCAACCGAUGUCACGAGCUGGAAGGCGAACGGGGUAUCACACAACUCCAGGACUCUGGCUGGAAGAGACUCAAACAAACCAACGACGCUCCCUGUUAAUACAGAGACCGCCUUGGCGGCGGACGGGAGAGCGGGAGGGAAGGGGGUCGGAGCCGUAAGCCGUCGCAGCGCCAGGAUUGCGGGAAGACGGGAGGGACUGCGUACAGCCGUCGCCAUUUGA